GCGCCGAGCGCAAGGGCGACAACAUGGAGACGGUCUUCUAUCAUGGGCUCCCGGUGAAAUAUUACGAGGACAUGAUUGGUUCCAUGUGCCUCAAGAAGAUCAUUCACCUCACGGCUGGCAAUGCCAACCUGGCGAAAGCGGCCAUCAACAUGCGCCGCGGCUAUUUCGGGGUCGCCCUGACGCAGUACCAUUUGGACAUGAUGACCGAGCACCUCGUUGAUUGGAUGCUGCUCCAGUUUGCAGAUUCCAACAGCCCCCACUUCAAGCCUGCGUACGCUGCCGAGAUGGGCGAGGACGGCGGCCCUCCCAAUGACGGCGAUGGCGAUGAGGAUGACCCAGCCGGGCAACCGGGCAAAAAGAGGAAGCGCAACGGGGCCGCCGACCCUAAGAAGGGCGCC